UUCCUUUAGUCAGCUGAGCUGCAAGCUUCAACAACAUGGACAGUUUCUUCGUCUGCGUUUCAGUACUGGCUUUUCUCAACGUUGUCUGUGCAAUACCUGCUUGGGAUUACGAAGAAGACAACUUAAGUCCUUCUUCCCUGGAGCUCAGUGAUCGUCGUUGCAGUUGUUCUGACCACCAUCAUCAGUGUGGCUGCUGCCUUCACAUCAAGGCUCAUCCAUUCCACAAAUCCAUCGACGCCAAUGUGUGUAUCAAUGCCUCCUACGUACCAUCGCCUUUGGGUGUGGAAAUGUUCUUGACGUGGAACAAAGAUGUAGUGUUCAACGAAACCAUAUCAACUGCCAAUCCACCGCCUAUUUGCUUUGGUAUUCCUCUUGUAAAGGCUGCCAAGGCCUGCGUAAAAUUCACCAAGAUAUCGAUCAAGAAGGGCCACACAGGCGCAUGCGCAGCAUUGGAAUUCAAGGUCUUCCAUGCGGCGAAAGACAUUCCCCUUGGCUGCUUCUUCUUCAGGGGUGAUGAUGAGGGGCAUGGUCUUGAUAUGGGAACGUUCUUGGACUCUGAAUCACUCAUGUUACUGCUGGAAAACCUCUUUCAAGAUACAGUGGGAAACAAAAUUGACAGCACUAGCUCUUUGGCUCACAUGCCAUAUAAGGACAAACUGAGUGAUGACGUCACCGAGCUUGUGACAGCUGAUCAAGCCAGCUGUCAAUGCGUGAAGGAACCACCUCACUGUGACUGCUGUGCUCAAUUCAAAGUGUUUGGGUUCCCUGUGAAAGCUUGUGUACAUGGAGAUGUGGAUCAAUCAGAUACGGGAUUCGACGUGGCGGUUAUUGUCAAUGAUUUCACUGUGUUCAAGAAACAUAUAUCUGUGGCAGAUCCCCCUCCAAUCUGCAAGCGCUUCGUUCUCUUCCAUUUCAAAGUCAACGCGUGCCUCAAGCUCACGAAUGUGUCGCUGAAACCAGGUCACGCGGGCGCAUGCGUGGAGCUGGACGUCAACACCACAAAAAUCUCCUUGGGUUGUUUCUACAUGGCUCGCCAGGUUACCAAGGAAUAGACAACACAGCAUGGUUACCAAGCACGUGAGAAAUCGAGAAAUAAGAGCUGUUAAAAUUAGCAAUUAUAUCUCGCAGGAUGUAAACAGUAAAUUCAACUUUAAAAUGGCAAAAUAAAUCCUUUCUAACAGGCUUUGCUUACGGGCAGUAAAAUAAUAAAUUGCGAUUUUGCUGAGGA